AGCGCGCCCAGGGGGGGGGUGCUGGCUGUGUGCCCACGGCGCGCCUCCCGCCUCUAUAUAAACACACGCAUCGCCUUGCCUUGGAUCAAAUCAGAUUGAGAGACGCUUUUCAAACCACCAGCCCUGAAGUCCUGCCUUCUGCUUUCCCCCUCUUUCAUCCCCUUUUGCCGUUCUUUCUUUCUUUUUUUCCCCCUCCUCUCUUUUCUUUUCCCCAACAGCAACUCCAGAGCCGAGAGACUGCGUCCCGGGACAGACUGCCUUUUCUUAAUUGAUAGAUAGCCGGGCUCGGGUUUUCCACCUCCUCCCCCCAACCCCACCCCGCCUCACCCCUCCCUCCCGCUGCCGCCGCCCCAGCGCCCGCCCGGGGCUCUGUCGCCGGCUGCGUCCCUUCCCGGCUGCGGCCCCGCCGACUCCGCACUCGCGCUCAGACCAACGCGCCCGCCUCGCCCGCCUCUGGGUGCCGUGGCCGCUCCAGCCUCCGCACUCGCCUCAUCUGGGGAGUCUUUUCCCAAGCCCCCAAAGUUUCUGGGUUCGUUGGAAUUUGGGGUUCCGAUUUUUUCCUUUUUAUGCACCUAGGAAUUUUGGAGGAAUACUUUUGAUAAAUUGAUCGCAAUUUCCGCUAGCUCUCGGUUCCCCUUAUUUUUUUCCCACCUCGCUUUGAGCAGGGAAGGGGGUUCCGAGAGGCUCCUGGUGGAUAAAGUUUUCCAACGUUUUUCUAGUGUGAUGGUUGAGGGGGAGAGCAAGCUCACCAGCUUGACUGAGCUCCAUCUCACCUUCCCAGAACAGCCCUAAGCCCGCAUAAAGGGACAAACAAACAAACAAACAAACAAAGUUACACCUAGAGUCGCCUCGUGUCUUCUCUCUUCUUCCAGGAAAUCUUUUUCCUCCCUCUCUUCGACCACCUCGCAGCCUCCAGACCCCUUCUCUCGGCCCCAUCUCCUGGGUUUCGCCGAGGGGUGCCAGGACCCCAGGCUUCAGCCUCCCCUCCCUCGUCACUCUGGUCCGGCCCUCCCCUCCCCCUUCGCGGUUCUCGCAGCCAAUCCCCCGAGCGGCCGCCAACAUGCUUUUUGAGGGCUUGGAGCUGGUGUCGGCGCUGGCCACCCUCGCCGCGUGCCUGGUGUCCGUGACGCUGCUGUUGGCGGUGUCGCAGCAGCUGUGGCAGCUACGAUGGGCUGCUACCCGAGACAAGAGCUGCAAGCUGCCCAUCCCCAAGGGCUCCAUGGGAUUCCCGCUCAUCGGAGAGACCGGCCACUGGUUGCUACAGGGUUCUGGCUUCCAGUCGUCGCGCCGGGAGAAGUACGGCAAUGUUUUCAAGACACACUUGCUGGGGCGGCCGCUAAUCCGCGUGACCGGUGCGGAGAACGUGCGCAAGAUCCUCCUGGGAGAACACCAGCUAGUGAGCACUGAAUGGCCGCGGAGCGCACGCGUGCUGCUGGGCCCCAACACGGUGGCCAAUUCCAUUGGCGACAUCCACCGCAACAAGCGCAAGGUCUUCUCCAAGAUCUUCAGUCAUGAGGCACUAGAGAGCUACCUGCCCAAGAUUCAGUUGGUAAUCCAGGACACACUCCGGGCCUGGAGCAGCCAGCCUGAGGCCAUCAAUGUGUAUCAGGAGGCCCAGCGACUUACCUUCCGGAUGGCCGUGCGUGUACUGCUGGGUUUCAGCAUCCCCGAGGAGGACCUGGGCCACCUCUUUGAGGUGUACCAGCAGUUUGUGGAGAAUGUCUUCUCUCUUCCUGUGGACCUUCCCUUCAGUGGCUACCGAAGGGGCAUCCAAGCUCGGCAGAUCCUUCAGAAGGGCCUCGAAAAGGCUAUCCGUGAGAAGCUGCAGUGUACCCAGGGCAAGGACUACUCAGACGCCCUGGACAUUCUCAUUGAGAGCAGCAAGGAGCAUGGCAAGGAGAUGACCAUGCAGGAGCUGAAGGAUGGUACCCUGGAGCUGAUCUUCGCAGCCUAUGCCACCACAGCCAGUGCCAGUACAUCCUUGAUUAUGCAGCUGCUGAAACACCCUGCUGUGCUGGAGAAGCUGAGGGAGGAACUUCGAUCCCAGGGCCUGCUGCAUGGUGGUGGCUGUCCCUGUGAGGGCACCUUGCGCCUGGACACACUUAGCGGCCUGCGCUACCUGGACUGCAUUAUCAAGGAAGUCAUGAGGCUCUUCACGCCCAUCUCCGGUGGCUACCGUACCGUGCUGCAGACCUUCGAACUGGAUGGUUUCCAGAUCCCUAAAGGCUGGAGUGUCAUGUAUAGCAUCCGAGACACCCACGACACAGCACCUGUGUUCAAGGAUGUGAACGUGUUUGACCCUGACCGCUUCAGCCAGGCACGCAGUGAGGACAAGGAUGGCCGCUUCCAUUACCUCCCAUUUGGUGGUGGCGUGCGGACCUGCCUGGGCAAGCACCUGGCCAAGCUGUUCCUGAAGGUGCUGGCGGUGGAGCUGGCCAGCUCCAGUCGCUUCGAGCUGGCCACCCGGACCUUCCCUCGCAUCACUCUAGUCCCCGUCUUGCACCCUGUGGAUGGCCUCAGUGUCAAGUUCUUCGGUCUGGACUCCAAUCAGAAUGAGAUUCUGCCUGAGACAGAGGCCAUGCUGAGUGCUACAGUGUAGCCUCACUCUGGUCUCAGCCCAGCCCAGCCGAGGGGUGGGGGACGGAGACAGAAACCUGUGGGGUGGGGAGGGGCUGGGUGGGAGGCCAGCAGCCCGCCUGUGUUGUCCUCUGGCCUCUUUUCCAGCAACCCCUCCCCCAAUACAAAAGGGCCCCGCCCCCCUCCUGACUCCCGUUCUCUUGGAUCUCCACUGCCCCCUAGCUUCGCCAGGGCCAGGGCCAGGGCCGGGCUCUGUGUGCCCAUGACAGUGUUAGCGCCAGUUGGCUGAGCUGCAGAAUGUGCUUAUUACCUUCUGAACCCUCCCUCCCCUUACCCCCUUGUGUUUUCGUUCGUGGUCUGAUGGUGGUGAAGGCAGGAGGGAAGAAAAGAGGGGGGAGCAUGCUUUGGCACCCUGUACUUCGCGCCCCCACCUCCUGUCACUGCUCAGUUGGUGUCCAGAACAGCCAGCGUCCUGGGGAUCCUCACCUAAGCCAGCCUGGGCAGGGCAGGAACUGCUGCCACCCUUGAGGGUGCCCUGUACCAGCCUAACCAGUUUGGACAUUGGAAAUUACCUAUUGCUGCUAUUUGUUCUGCCUCCUGACCUUGGGGUACAGGAGCCUUUAGGCUUACUCCCCAGCAUCUUCCUUGGUGGCGGCCCUGGGCAGGCACACUGGCACUCCUCCCCGGUGGGACCCGCUGAGCCAGGUGGUUUUUGGCUAUAGCUGGACGCCCAGCUGCCCGCCCCUGCCCCCUAGCCCAUAUUUAUUCACCGACCUUGGCUACACUGAGGUCUGGAGCACAAGCCCCCACACACCUGCCAGCCUCUGUCCUAGCUAUCCUUUCCAGGGCUUGUAUGAGGCAAGAAGACUUGUGUCUGGCUUAACCCAGCUCCCUGGGGAGGGUUAGCAGCCCUCCUCAGCUCCAGGCAAAGGUUCAGUUUCACCUCAGAGUCAGACACCCAGCGUCGCGGCCAGGUGUUUUUGUCACCUCCCCCCCAUCUGUCAAAGUCCUGGGCUUGAGCAUCUGGGGUCCACCACUUCCUGUUCCCUCACUGACUGCCCCAGCGCCAGUCACUCCCCUAGUGAGGAUGUGUUAGGAUACGGGUUCUUCUGAAGGAACUUCUUUCUUCCCUUCCUUAACCCCCACUCUCCGCCCCCUUGCUCUUGGGAGAGUCCCCCACCCUGCCCCCAUCCUGCACCCACCCCACCCCCACCCCACCCCCAGCCACUGUCUGCUAAGCCCAGCUCAGGGUGUGGGGCGGAGAUGAAAGCCGAGAGACUAGACGGAGAGAGCCCUCCCCCUGAGGUGCCUCAGGCCCUGUGGGGUCGGGAGCCACUGCGGGGGAGGGGGGAGGCUGCCGCUGGAAAGCUGUGGAGAAGGAGAGGGGGAAGGAGAAAGGACAGAUAUAAGUGAGAUUUGUCAGAGUUGUUCAGGUGCAGAAGGGCCAAGGGGCAGGCUGGGCAGAACGGGAGGGGCUCCUGUCCCUGGCAUUUUGAGGGCUGGCCACUGGGGACCCCUCCUGGGAAGAGUGUAAGGCUCUGGAGAGUCUGUAGGCAGUUUUGUCUGUUUCAGAUUCCGGUUUGCUUUUGUUUUCCAUCCAUUUGCUUUUUCAUGUUAGGGAGGCAUUGGAUUCUCUUCACAAAAACACAGAAUGACAGCCCACAUCCACCUGACCCUCAGUGGUCACUGUCACGGAAGUUCAGCCACAUCUCACUAGCCACACAGGAGAAUGUCCUAUGUCAGCUUCCCAAACUUCUCACUGGUCUCCUGCAUUUUCCUGACAGAACCAAGUCAAGCAAGAGCAUUGGAAGAGGGGUUAGCAGCAAAAUUAAUGUGAAAUUAAAAAUAAGUGUAUUCCUGGAUUUUCCUUCCCAGUUCUGAAACAGACCAAGAUGUGCAAAGACUCUUCAAGGCUUAUGGAAUAGGUGCAUGCAGCCCCACAACCCUCGGUGUCUGGAAGGUUCAUUUCCUGCACGCUAACCCUCCUUGCCUGCAGCCAUCUGUUUGAGACUGCAGAUGUGGCAGGUAGUAACUCUGGCCUUGGUGAGGGGCAGGGGCACUGGAGGGCCCAACAGGAUCCAGGGGCCCUCCCUGGGGAGGGGCCAGUGCAGGGGCUGUGGAGAAGGAAAGGCUGAGGGGGAUCCCAGUGAGGGUGGGAGGAAGAAAGAUGAUCUGCCUGGAUGGGUCUCAAAGGGAACAGGCAAAAGGGGCCUCGCCCAGGCACCCGUGGGGUGACUCCUUUCUCACCCCUGUAGAUGUGUCUGUUCUGUGUUCGUGUGUUUCAUUGUGGUAGCAUUAAUGGGUGAUGUAUUCUCACAUUCCUAACUAUUGUAACUUGACAUUAAAAAAGUAAACCCCACAAAACUUCCUGCCACAGGCUUGCAGAUUGAAGCACUUUCAAAGUUAGGCGCUGGCGUGUGCGUUCUGGGCAACCAUUUUGAUCCUGCCCAGAUUUCUAUUAUUUUAUACACAAAACUUUUUUUUCAUAAAUGUUAUAAUUUUGUGUCUGUCUUUAUAAACUAUUAUAAGUACUAUUUUGUUAUAAUUCAAAAUAGAUAUUUGGUAUAAAGUUUUUGCUGUUAAAUAUUUGUUAUUUAGUAAAAUAUGAAUUGUUCUUUAUUGUAAACAUGGUUCAAAAUAUUAAUAUGUUUUUAUCACAGUUGUUUUUAAUAUUGAGAAAGCACUUGUGUGUUUCGUUUUGGUAUGAGCUGGUGCCGUGUGUGUGUUUUGGCUGUCGUGUGGUUUUGAUGUGUAUAUAAUAUUCCAUGUUGCAUAUUACAACAAUGAAUGUCAUGCAUUUUGUGAAAUACUUAAUGUGGCUCUUUUAUUGGCUUCCAUAAUAAACUGUGGGGAUUCA